UCAUCAAUCGAUACUGCUUGAUUACUCUUCGCCACGAUGGGAUCCUUGUGCUCCCGAGAGGAAGACGGCAAUGAUACGGUUACGACGAUGAACGGGCAGAAUAAAAAGAAGACUAAGAAGGAAGGCGAUAUAAUUCACUUCUUCAUGCUCGGAAUCGAAGGAGCCGGCAAGACGACGAUCGUCAGGCAGCUCAAAUGUCUUUGCAUACAGAAACCGCAGAGUUAUCAGAUGUACGACGACAGCUGGAACCUGAUAGAUCGCGAGAAGAUCUUUGACAACUAUGAGCUCGAGAACUUAAAGAACGUAGUUCGAAUCAAUCUGCUCACUGCGGCCAACUCACUGAUCCGUAAGGUUCGUGAGACAGACGAGGAGCAUAUGAGAAGCUCUGGAGCAGCUGCGGCGGUUCUUAGACGAUGCUCACAGCUGUACGAGGCAGAAGUUGAUAUCUAUGAUAUAUCGAAUCAAAUCGAGGAUGAAUACGGCGCGUACAUCAUCGAAAUAUUAUCUGAUCCACAGAUUCGCCGGUGCUUGGAUCAGGGACCGCCUGUCAAAAUCGAGGACGGAACACGAUUCUUUUUGAAAGACGAGGGAAGAAUUCGGAAUAUUUUCACGCAUUCUUAUCAGCUAACCAAUGAUGAUAUUGUCCACGUUCGUAAGCCAACAGUUUCAUUCAAAAGCUACAAAUUCCGAAUCAAGCAGCUUCGCGUUGAAAUUCACGAUAUGGGAGGACAAAAGAGCGAAUUAGUAAAAAUCCCACAAUUCAUGCGGCAAUUUCUAACUACUGAUGGACAUUGCUUUUUGCUCUACGUUUCCUCGUUGGCCGCAUUCCAGGAGCCUGAUAAGGAUGUGAAAGGGCGAACGGUGUUGGACAAGAGUGCAGCGAUUUUCAAGCUAGUUCUCGAAAUGAACGGAGUCGACGAGUGUACGGUAAUGAUAUUCUUCAAUAAACAGGAUCGAUUCGAGGAGAUUUGCCGAGAAAUGAUGCAGAAAGAAGAUGGGAAGCGGCAGCUCGAGAAGGUGCUCGGAAUUCCUCCAAAAGUUCAAAAAGAGGGAAAAAAGGGAAAACCGGAGAAUUAUGAUCAUUUGAAGGAUGCGAUUCGAAGUCGUUUCAAGGAGAUUUUGAAGGAGAAUAAUGAUAAGAAAAGUUAUUAUAUGAAAUAUACUCAGGCAACUGAUGCUCAAUUGAUGAGCACAAUUUUCUAUGCAGUUGAGAAUGAAAUUAUUUCCUCGUAUUUUACACAGGCUCGGUAUAUUUAAUUAUUUUUUUGUGUUUUCGUGGUUUUUUUGUGUCGAAUUCGUUAAAUUAUUCAAUAAAUCAAAUUCAAAAUG